AUGUCCAUGCGAAAACUAUUUACGACAGCUGCCAUGGAAGUAGAAGAUUCUCAUGUGAUGUUCAUUAUGUUCUUUUGAUCAGUGCUUGCUAUAGAAAGGGAUCUUCCUCAGUUUUCAAGUGCCUUUUCCAAAGAUCAUUUAAUUCACAAGCAUCAAGUUCUGAAUACUACGGUUAAUGGAACAGAAACUGCCACCCUUCUGGCUGAACGAGGGGAUAAUGUGACAGAUCAAAUCACAAAUUUCCGUCCGAAAAUUCUGGAAUCCAGAACUAAAGUUGAACCCACUGGUGGAGCUGUCGACAGUUGUCACAAAAGUUCGUUGCGAUCACGCAAGAAAUAUUUCGAAUUUGGAGAGUCGUGGAUAGACGAUCAAGGAACUGCAAUAUUACGACAUCCCAGGGUGUUCAAUGACAGGAAGAGGAUAUGCGUCAUAUGUGGGGAAUCAAGUGAUGAACGAGAAAUGAGAAGCGCAUCUGCUACGAAAGUGCAAAAUGCGAUUCUGCUGGCAUGUCUGUCAGCAUGUGGAGGUUUAAAGGAAAAUGCGGAUGCGAGAACCAUUUAUGAAAACUGCCAUGAGAACAGAAAGUUCCUAUGUCAUCCUCACUAUGUGCUCGCGGUAAGCUGA